AUGGGAGACGAGGUGCUGGAGCUGUACUCCGACAACUUACACAAGAUCUUCUCUCACUAUGCUCGUGGUGACACCAUGGAUGCCUCUUGCUUCAUGGAGUGCAUGGCGGCCUGCAGCAUCACGCCGGAGCCAUUGGCCCUCGACGCUGUGUCAAGAAUUUUCAAGUCGGGGGCACGAGGGUCCCAUGCACUUGAGUUUCAAGAUUUUCUCGAGUGCCUGGAGAGAUGCUCACUGAUGGGGUUCCUUCAAGACCCUGAGACUCAGGAAGAAGUGAGCUAUGACGAGGCCAUGGUGUUCCUGCUACGACGAAUCGACAGGUCCAGGGUGUACAAGACGAUAGAUCCUAGUGGGAAGUUCCUCCUGCCCGAGCAUGCGGUGGGACACGAGAGCGAAGGUUCUGACAGUGUUGAGGAAGAGAAGAAGGAGAAAUCCUCCGAUCAACAGCAGAAUGAUGAACUCUCUGCUGAAGAAACUGACCGCCUUCUGCGAUCCCUGUUUCAUUAUUACUGCCUGGAGGGCAAGCAAUCAAGCAAGCAGCAGAUGGUAGCAGGGAAGUUCUACAAGUUUGUUCGUGAAUGCAAGCUCAUGGACUCCCGAGUGGAUCAAGAAGCUGCAGGAAAGAUUUACAAGCAGGUGAUGAAGAUCUCGUCUUCGGGGGUCAACUACAUAGCAUACAGCGACUUUGUGGAGGCUCUUGCGCUGCUGGCCAACUUGAAGUAUGACAAUGUCGGAUCUCCCUUAGAAGUCUUCACGCGAUUGGUCAACGAUCACCUCAAGCACAACCUUCCUGAAGCUGUCAAGAAGCAAAUGGAGCUGCCGAUAGAAAUCCAAGAUGAGAUCAAAGAAAGUCAGCAGAAAGCCGAGGAGGCUGAAGUAAUGGUAAGAGCGAAUGAGCAGCCUUCGAUCAAUAAGACUGGAGGAGGCGGCUUGAAAUCAUCAGCGAAACCCCCGCCGUCAUCAACAACGGGCGGGAAUGUGUCCGAUGUUUUAGGGUUUGAAGUAGACUUGUCGGGGUCGGAUUUCUCAGAUGAAAGUCAAGAAGAAGACGCCGAAGCACAUGUGAAGCCUGACGCCAAAGAGGCGGAUUCAGACGUCCAUCAAGAUUCCUCGUCCGAGAAGGAACAGGAAACGCAAGAAAUGACUGAAGGCAACGAGAAAAGAAUCCGAGAAGAAGAGGGAGACGUAACAGCGGGGAAUCAACAAGAAGUGACAGCUGAAGGUCAUCAUCAUCAGCACCACCACCACCACCACGAGCAGCAGCAGCAGCAGCAGCAGCAGCAGCAGCAGCAUCAGUAUCAUCAAGUGACAAAACAUGCACUUCUUGAAGAGGCCCAGGAGGGGGAGGAGGGUGGGGAGGAGAAAGUUGAGCAAGAGGAAGUUGAAAGGCGGCAUGCUACUUCCGUUGAAGCUGCUUCAGAAGACGAGAAACCUGGCGGCCAGGGGACAGAUGACAUGCAACAAGAUUUUAUGCCAAGGGGGGAGGAUGGACGUGUUGAGGGAACGUCGAGCAGGGUGAGCAAGCAGACUAUCUGGGAUGAUUCAGAGGAGGAGGAGGAGGAGGAGGAGAAACAUUCCCAUGAGCGAUACAAGGAGCAUGAACCAAAGAUUGACACUCAUUCACAACCUCUUCAUAGAUUCGACUUGAGCAGCGAUGAUGAAGGAUCUCCUUCAGCCAAGAAAGAACGAUCACUUGUACGUCAGAGGGUUGCAGAUUAUGAAUUUCACAAAGCACAACAACACCCACCUUCCAAUGGAGUGCAGACUCCCAAACCGUCGCACCCAACCAAACAUGAGGAGGAUUGGGCCUUUGAAACGUCAACUCACAACCACCAUGAUAACAAGAAUCUUCAUUUCACCGAACAGAUGGAGCGAAGUCAACGGCAGAGCGAGAUGCGGAGAUCGACCGAUCACAUGCCCCAUGGGCGUGUGAAGAGCGAAGAGAAACAGAAGAAGCCAUUGUCAAAACAACAGCUAUACAAUGAAAUCAUGAAGAGCAUCGAUCCCCAAAGGAGCGGAAGGAAAGUGAAGAAGAGACGAGAAGAGCCUGAGGUGCAAGUGCGGAGAUCGAUCGAAACUGUUCAUCCACAGUCGACGAGCCGGGCACCCGCCCCAUCCCACCUAGAUGCGAGUGGGAGCAGCUCCCGAGCGGCUCCGAGAGUCUCAGAAGCUCCUCGGACGGCGAGCGCGAAGAAGAGCUCGAGCUCCAAGAGCACGGCCUCGCAAGAGCAACCGACGUUCCAGGAUGACCUACAGAAGAUGUUGCACUCGAGCAAUGCGCUGUUGAAAUCUUUGCAAAGUGAGAUUGACAACCUCAAGAGUGAGAACACGUCGUUGAGCUCAAAAGUGACGACGCUGAACGAGACUGUGAAGGAGAAGAGGAUGAACGAGAAAAGAUUGCAGGAGCAACUCGAUAUCGUCUCCAAGUCUCUAGAGGAAUCCAACAGGAGCAAGUUGGUCACUUCCCGCUACUCCCCCAACCAGUCGGCCGCUGCAAGGAGGACGCCGUCCCCUGGACUGAGAGGCUCCGCGUCUCCUACCAUGGGGAAGGAUACUAACCAGAGCAAGGGGCGUUCUUCCUCCGCUGGUCGUCUCAACAAUUCAGCCCGAGAUCAGCGAUCAGUCUCUCCUGCUGCUCGCCAGCGCUACCGCGCUCCUUCCCCUCGUCCUCGUGCGGAGAACUUUGUUCCUCGCUACAAGUGCGUGCGAGAUUUGAAGAUUUCUGUCGGCCUUUCAACGUUGUCGUUGAGUAAUCAGUACAUCACAAGUCUAGAGGGUCUUGGUGUCCAUCGAGGAUUGAAGACGCUCUUUCUACAGCCAAACCUCAAGGAACUUCACCUAGAGAACAACAAGUUGACGUCACUUCGAGGGCUGCAGCCGCAGCCUGCCUUGGAGAAGAUCUGGGUAGUAGGAAAUCCUGUCUGCGAGAACAAGUUUAUCAAUGCAAUGUGCUUGAUGGCGAUCGGAAGUUCUCUCCUGCGAAUAGAUGAUUCCGGCAUCGUCCCGAAAAUGCGCGAACUUGCUAUGUGA